UACUUAAAAAUAUCAGAUACAUUUUUCAAUUUUAAAAUAACUAAAUUUCAAUUAAUCAAGUAUUAAUAUUUUUUUUACAUGCCCGGUAUUUAAUCAUCCUCUUAAGCAAAGCUAAACUUAAACGGGGGCAAUAAUAAGCUCUCAAAGAACCUCGCCGGAUAAGCCGUGGCAAGGAACAUAACCUUGUCUCGGUUUCUUUGGUUUGCUCAGUGGGCGAUGGGAAGUUGGUACGGUUCUAGGAGGAUUAUUGCCUACAGGGCUCUUCAAUUCGGUCGCUGGCGCCCGCGGUCUACGCAGCUGUUCCCGCUCGGUUCCGGAACAGACGAACGGUAGCUGAGGCUUUGCAAGACAAGAGGUGGAUUCGAGACAUCUGUUCGGCAUUGGGGAUUCAGGCAAUCCUGGAAUAUCUCAAGCUUUGGGACAUUCUGCGAUUGGUUUAGCUAGGUGAGGAACCGGACACGAUCUCUUGGCGUUGGGAAAGCUCGGGGUCUUACUCCGCUCGCUUGGCGUAUCGUCUUUUCUUCGCAGGAAGAACCAGCCUCGAGCACAAGCCAAUUUGGAAGUCUCUAGCGCCCCCGCGCUGUUGGUACUUUUUGUGGCUGGUCGCACUGAAUCGUUGUUGGACAGCGGAUCGUCUUCGGAGUCGAGGGCCGUCACACCCGGCUUGUUGCCCUCUUUGUGAUCAAUGCGAUGAGAUGAUUGAUCACUUAUUGGUUGCUUGCUCGGAGUCUCAUCAGCUAUGGUGGAUUGCUCUUUCAGCUAUUGGUCAUUCUGAGUGUCUGCCUCUCAAUGAGCACUCUUUUCACUCCUGGUUGUGUGACAGUCGCAAAAGAAUGGCCAAGGAACAUCGUCGAGGGUUCGACACCAUUGCAACUUUGGUGGCGUGGACGGUUUGAAAAGAAAGAAACAAUCGGGUCUUCAACCAAAAGAGCAGGACAUGAGCGGAAAUUGCUAGGGCCAUGACGGACGAAGCAGACCUUUGGCGGUUGGCUAGAGCCGCGAUACCGGCCAUGGCGACCCCUAUGUCGGGUGGAAGGUCGCCACAUUCGUUGAGAGAUUAGGCUUUUCUUCCUCCUCCUCCCUCCUGUAUCUUGUCCCCUUCGUGUUUUUUGAUUUUUUCGGUCCGCUCUGUAAAUACUUUUAUUCCUUCUUAAUAUAAUAAUGCGCCCCUCGCGUAUUAAAAAAAAAAAAGAUUCGCGGCCUUGUCAGGGUGAGCGUGGACCGACCGGCGGCCGUCCACGCUCACCAACCCUCCCAAGUCCCAACCGAGCUGAGCUGACCGCACGAAAAGCCAACCGAAAACGGCCGGGAGGAAGAGGCAAAAACGCGGCGUGGUGACGCCACCCCGCGCUCCGUUUUUCUCCACGCGACACUUGACUUCACCGCGACACAUGACUUCACCGCCUGACGCCGCCUCACCACCCACUCCCCCCUAAUCCCUCCUUCGCUUUUCUACCUCAACACGCCUCGUUCUUCUUCUUCUCUCUCUGGUUUUACAUUUUUACUACUCCUCCUAGCUUCCCUUCAUCUCUCUCUUGAUGGCGAAACCCUUCCCCGAUCCGCCGAAACCGCCGGUCCCCGAGCCGCCGAAACCGGGCUCCGAUGGCGCCUGCUACGACUGUCCCUCUCCUCCUCCUCCUCCUCCUCCCCACUCGCGUGACCACCGCCGCGUGGUGAUCGCGCUCGCCACCACCGCGUCCCUGCUCUUCGCCAUCCUCCUCGCCUUCUCCGUCUACUGCUUCAUCCGCCGCAGGCGCCAGCAGCGGGCGCGGCGUGAGGCGCUUCUAGCACCUCCCCCUUCUGAUGCGGCUGGAGGAGGCGGCGCACCGGGUGCGCCGGUCGCCGCCGGCGACGGGGCGGUGGGCGGCGCCGGGGAGGGGGAGGGGGAGGGGGAGGUGCUGCACCACGCGUGGCACAUCCGCACCGUCGGGCUCGACGAGGCGGCGAUCGAGUCCAUCGCCCUCGCGCGGUACCGCGCCGGCGCCGGCAUGCUCGGCGCCACCGACUGCCCCGUCUGCCUCGGCGAGUUCCGCGACGGCGAGCUCCUCCGCCUCCUCCCCAAGUGCGGCCACGCGUUCCACGUCCCCUGCAUCGACGCCUGGCUCCGCGCCCACGUCAACUGCCCGCUCUGCCGCGCCCACGUCCUGCACCCCGCCGACGCCGACGCCGACGCCGGGGACGGGGAACGCGUCCCGCCACCCGCCGGCGCUAACGGCGGCGGCGGCGGCGGCGGCGGCGCAGCCACCGACCAAGCCUCGAGCCCCACCGAUCAAACCGCGGACCAAGAAAACCCUGGUCAACAGCAGCAGGGGGAGCAGCACGAGCUCCGGGUACAAAUCGAUCGGCGCGACCAGCCCAGCUCGCCGGAGCCGCCGCGCCGGAGUCCCGACCCGCGCAGCGCGCAGAGUUUCCGGCGAGUAGCCUCCAUGGGCUCGCGCUCGCCACCGGCGCCAUCCGAGGAUGCUCCUGAAGACGAGCAGACGACGACGCAGAGCAGCAAAGAGAAACAGGGGAGCGGCGGUGACUCUGCCUGCUGCGGCAAGGCGCCGUCGGGCUCCGGCCGCUUGCACCACAUGAGGAGGUCUUUCUCCGGCGGCGGAGGCCGGCGAUCUCUCCCCUCGCGGCAUGGCCGCACUUCUAGCUCGAUGCUGCCGUUGUGAUCAUCUCGGGGGUAAAAAGAAAUACAAAACAAAAAUAUUUACUGAAAUCGAUUGUGAACUCGGUAUCCUGUACAGUUGUGAACACCCAAAGAGAGAUUGCAUCUUACAUGUCAGAUAUAUGAAGAAAUGAACCUUGAGCUGGAGUUGAUUUUUACCUUA